AAGUUUUCUCUGAUCAUUAUGCCUGAUGAUGAUCAUGAACUUAUAAAGAAAAUCAAGGCUCCUCAUGGACUUAACGCCAGCACUGUUAUCAUAGCUGUGUCUUCAGCGGAGAACUUUAGUGCGUCAGUGCAAGAGAUGCUAGAUCACAAGGUUAUCCAACAAGUCGUUAGAAAGACCUCCAGUUUUGAAGAAUUCCAGAAAGACCUUCUCGAGGCAGUCAAAUGUCAGUUAUUUAGUGAAGAAAUGGACGUAAAAGCUAACGAGAUCGUUUUGACUACUGGGUCUCAGAAUACUGCCCAACAGUGGAACGGAUCUGGUACUUUGCAGCACAACAAAGCGGAACAGACUGAACCAAGUAAUAGCGUAGCGUUCAGCCAAUCACAUCAGCUAUAUACAUCAGCCAGCCAAUCAGAGCCAUGUUCUGUAGCAGCCUCACCAUAUUUACCAACCAACCAAUCAGGGGAGUUCUUGUCUUCAUUUCCUCUGCAACCCUUCACAUUGAUCCAUCCAAUGGUAGUACCCUACACUAGCCUGCUACCUGGCAGCUCCCCAUACAGUAUUAUACCAUCAGAAGGCUACAUGAUGCCAAGAAUAGUGGACUUUAGUCCAAAUCGUAACCAAAUCUUACCUCACUUGGUAGGUCAACCUCUGACUAUACCUGCAUUCAACAUAUGUCAAGGAGCCAAAUCUGAGCUAGUAUCGGGACAAAGCGAGCCCAGUAUGRUUAACGUACAAUAUACGGUACCAGAUAGCACUAAUGAUGUCACAACGAUAACAAGUGUAACAUGUGACACAGCAGCGUCUAAUGACUCGAAUAGCAGUGAAAAGUUGCCUGGGUUUCAGAAUUUCCUGGAGUGUCUUUGUCCAGGAUCUAAAGGAGAUGGUGCUAAAGAGGAUGAAAAAGAGGCUGUUUACCUUGGUCAAAGCACUGAUCUUGGAGAAAGAUUGCCUAAACGGACAAAGAUCGAAGGGGAUCAAAUGCAGGGGGCAUCUAACAGGGGUAUUGCUAAGGAAGAAGACGGGGUGGAUAAAAACCCUCUGUCCGUCAUACAGGCGCGCCCAUACUUUUUGAACCUAGAUGAACAAAUUGAAGGAAUGGCGUUUGAUCCAAAAGUCAAAGCAUCGGAUCGUCACAACGCUAAGGAGAGACACAGAAGGAUUCGUAUCGCAAAGGCUGCCGAAUUCUUUAAAGAAGUGCUUCCUUGCAUGCACUCGGGAAUGGACAAAGCAGGCGCCUUCCACAUGACUGUUUAUUACAUAUUAUUCCUACGAAAUGCGUUAAGGCAGAUCGAUCCUUCCUUAGUUGAUCAACUACAAAAGAGUUACGUUGAGGAGUGGAAACAGUACUUUGACUCAAAGACGAAAAUCGACAAACAAACAGACUAACAGACACGACCGACUGGAAAACUCUUAGCGCACAAGGAACAAUCAUAUCCGUUUAUUUUUGGGCCAAUUCUUUUUUAUGUUAUAUGCUGCCGGCAAAGAACCAUCACAUCAGCUAUGUUGUUAUAU